AUGGCGGGCGUCGAUGAUUGGAAUUCUAGAUUUAAUUGGGAAACAUGGAACGGCGACUUACCAUUUUGGCAACAUGCAUUUUGUGGAAGUAUAGCUGGAAUUGCUGAGCACAUAUGUUUAUUUCCUCUUGACACAAUUAAGACUCGAUUGCAGACUUCUAACAAUUCGUUAUCUCAAAUCGCGUGGAAUAACAAAGCACCAUUUGGAGGAUUAUUUAGAGGAACUCAAGCUAUUGUAAUUGGUUGCAUACCAGCUCACAUCGCAUAUUUUACCCUCUACGAAUUCAUUUCAAAUUGGAAUAGAAACUCAGGAAACAAUAUUACUAAGCAAUCAGAUCAUAAUGUGAAUGUAAACGUUAAUAAAUCAAAAUUUUCACGCAUAUCAAGUGAGAUUUCUACCACGGCUAUGGCUGGAGCAGUCGCCACAAUUGGCCAUGAUAUUUUAUUAGUACCAGCGGAUAUGAUGAAGCAAAGGCUUCAGCUAGGAUGUUAUAAAAGUAUGAUUCAUUGUUUAAAAUGUGUAAUUAAGGAGGAAGGAAGCUGUGCUUUUUAUAGAAGUUUUCCAACAACUUUAUUCAUGAACAUACCGUUUCAAGCUAUAUUAGUUGCGGUAAAUGAGUAUAUCAAAAGUAAUGUCGAGUUUAUGAACUCAAAAAACAAUUUGCCCUCUUUAUCCGGUUAUUUUAUUUCCGCUGGUAUUGGCGGGGCCUUAGCUGCCUUUCUAACAAAUCCAUUGGAUGUAAUUAAAACUAAAAUACAAACCCAGGGUAUUAAAGGAGUUGGUAAUAACUCUAAAACUGUAUUUACAGUGCCAUUUGUUGUGGCCAAAAAUAUUUAUAAAAUACGAGGGCUGAGUGGUUUUAUGCGUGGAAGUAUAGCUAGAAUCGCAAUUUGCACGCCAGCAGCUGCCAUUUCAUGGGGAACUUAUGAAACUAUCAAAAUGUUAAUAUCGUAA